AUGGCUGGUAUGAUAGUAAGAAACAAAUAUGUGGUGAUAAAGCAUCACAUAGACGAGGCACCUCGGAAAUCCGACUUCGCCAUCUCCGAACAGCUCAUCUCCUUAAACUCCACCAACAGCAGCAAAAGCAAGGUUGUCGUAAAGAACCUGUACGUGUCCAUUGAUCCAUACCUAAUAAACUGCAUGAAAACACAGAGCAACACGCAGAUUCUCAAUGUCCAAGGAGUCGAUUACAUUCUGCCCGGUCAGGAGAUAAGAGGGAGUGGGGUAGGGGAAGUGGUGUAUUCGAAGGAGGCUGAUUUUGGAAGAGGAGAUUUGGUGUUGGGGCUGCUGAGUUGGGGAGAGUAUACAUUGGUUGAAGAUGGCCGCAAGCUCCUCAAAUUGGAUAACGCUAUGGGGUUUCCUCUUUCCUACUACGCGGGAGGAGUAUUAGGUAUGUGUUCUUGUUUUUCUGCAUAUACAAAUUAA